UACUUCAUGGAUUUUCAUCAAUAACUCAAUUCAAAAGCACUUCGAGAACUUACUUCUUUUGAGUUGAAGUUGGUAGGCAAUGGCAGCCAUGGCUCUUUCAUCUACAUUCACAGGAAAAGUUGUUCCUUUGAAUGCAUUUACCGAGCUCUCGUCCUCGGUUCGCAGCAACGGUAGAGUCACAAUGAGGAAAUCUGGAAAGCCAGCAGCUUCCUCAGGCAGCCCAUGGUAUGGUCCUGACCGUGUCAAGUACCUUGGACCGUUCUCUGGUGAGCCUCCAUCUUACCUCAAAGGUGAAUUCCCUGGUGACUAUGGUUGGGACACUGCAGGUCUAUCAGCUGACCCCGAGACAUUUGCCAAGAACCGAGAGCUCGAAGUGAUUCACAGUAGAUGGGCCAUGCUUGGGGCUCUAGGAUGUGUAUUCCCUGAGCUUCUUUCUAGAAAUGGAGUCAAGUUUGGUGAAGCAGUUUGGUUCAAGGCUGGUUCACAAAUCUUCAGUGAGGGUGGCCUAGACUAUCUUGGAAACCCAAGUCUUAUUCAUGCACAGAGCAUUUUGGCAAUUUGGGCAUCUCAAGUAGUGUUAAUGGGUGCUGUUGAAGGUUACCGUAUUGCUGGAGGACCACUCGGAGAGAUUACUGAUCCCAUCUACCCAGGUGGUAGCUUUGAUCCCCUUGGGUUGGCUGAUGAUCCAGAGGCAUUUUCAGAACUUAAGGUGAAAGAACUUAAGAAUGGUCGUCUUGCAAUGUUUUCCAUGUUCGGGUUUUUCGUACAGGCCAUUGUAACUGGAAAAGGUCCUUUGGAGAACCUUGCAGACCAUCUUGCUGAUCCUGUCAACAACAAUGCAUGGGCUUAUGCUACCAACUUUGUACCUGGAAAGUGAAAUUACCAAGUAAUGUUCAAACAAGCUUUCAAUUUCACUACAAUGUUAGUUCGUACAAUGUAAAAUGUACAAUCAAAAUGUUGAAAAUCAACAAUGUUAUAUUCACUGCAA